AUGUCUUCUCAACGGACAGCGGCUGAAUUCCACGAGUUGAGGGUCCUGGGGACCGAUCAGCUCACGAUCGCCAGGGAUCCAGCCGGCAGCCUGGGCAGUGCUUCGGCAGCUGACAGCGAGCUGCGUCGAUCCCUGCGCAACCACAACAGCGAAGACAGGAAGCCCAAGGAGAAGCGGAAAGUGGGGCGGCCAAUCGCGUACUGCGGGGACCCCGACUCGCCGGACCUGACGCCGCAGGCAGGGUUUCUUCAACUCCCCUGCCACUUUUAG